AUGGACAAACCCCAAUUCCAACAACAAACCUAUUCUUUAUUGCGUAAUGGAAAAACCCAAAAUGGAGAAAACGAGUUCGCUGAGAUGGAGCAUAUGAAUAUUACUGUCAUUACCUUAAAUAAGCCUUAUCAAAUAUCUGAUGGCUCAAAUCCAUUCUUUGAUGGGUUCAAAAUUCCUAAAUUCAACUUAAAGAGAAAUGGAGUUCACAGUGGCCAUGUUCAAAUAGGAAUUCAAAAUCCAUUUUGCCUAGUAAAGAAUGGAAAGCGCAGAUGCAAAGUAAGUUCUGGUUCACAGUUUUAUGUUGUUCCACAGACUAAAAUCUUCAUGCAAUACCCCGUUUCCAACCGCGCCCCUUCCUUUCUGGACCAUAACCUAAAGCUGAGGAUUUCUUUGCAGUGCUACAUAGAGGGCUCUUGUUUCACACUGCUACAGUUGAGCAUAUCACUAGAUGAUGAAAUUGUUAUAGCAUUUGGCAAUUUUAUCAUGUGCGACCACCACCAUUUUUGUCACUUUCUCUUGAAUUUGUUUGGGAUUCUUGAAUUUUUGGUUUUUGUACUGAAAAUGAAAUUUGGGUGA